AUGUCGGACGAGCGAGUAGAAGUUCGAGAAAAGCCUUCAAAUGAACCUUCUGGCUUUCACUCAGAUGCCGAGGAGGCGAACUCCCACCAGGGAGAUCUUGCUCGGGCAGUCACCAACCAAUCAGCAAUGGAAGUUCCAAAGAGCUUGCUGCAUGAGGUCAUAUUCAUCGGUGUAGUUUGUGCGGCUCAAUUCAUGACACAGGCAGGCCUUGCCAUUGCUAUUGUCCCACUUCAUAUCAUCGGUGACAGCUUCCACGUCACCAAUCCCGGUCAAUUAAGUUGGUACGCGGCCGCGUACAGCCUGACGGUUGGUACCUUCAUUUUGGUUGCAGGGAGAUUAGGCGACCUUUACGGGCACAAACUGAUGUUUAUCGGUGGCUUCGCUUGGUCCGGGUUAUGGUCUAUCCUUGGAGGGUUCUCUGUAUGGUCGAACCAAAUCUUUUUCGACAUUUGCCGUGCAUUCCAAGGAAUUGGACCGGCCUUUUUGCUACCGAAUGCCCUGGCAAUUCUGGGACGCACAUAUGCCGCUGGUCCUCGGAAGGAUAUGGUGUUUAGUAUCUUUGGUGCCACAGCACCAGGAGGGUUUGUUAUUGGGGGUGCGUUCUCGGCUCUCCUAGCACAGCGCGCCUGGUGGCCAUGGGGAUAUUGGAUCAUGGGAAUCGUUUGCAUAGCAUUUUCACUCCUCGGAUUUCUCGCUAUUCCUCAGUCAGAACCCCCGAAAGUAUCUGUUCAUAUGCCAUGGUGGGUCAAAUGUGAUCUACUAGGGGGCUCACUCGGCGUCGCCGCCCUUAUUCUGAUCAAUUUCGCUUGGAAUCAAGGACCGAUUGUCGGCUGGCCGACCGUCUAUGUUUACGUUCUUUUGAUCGUCGGUUUCCUAUGUCUGGCUGUAUUCCUGUGGAUUGAGUUCCACGCAACAUGCCCCUUACUCCCUCGGGAGAUUUUCUCCGAGGAGGUUGCGUGGGUACUCGGUUGUAUUGCUGCUGGUUGGUCCAGCUUUGGAGUUGUGAUCUUUUAUUUCUUCCAAUUCAUGGAAGUUAUCAAGGGAAAUACACCCCUUCUGGCGCUUGCGAAGUUAGCACCGGCGGCUGUGUCUGGUGCGAUUGCUGCAGUCACAACUGGCUUUAUUCUGGCUCGAGUGCGUCCGAGUGUGAUUAUGCUGAUGGCUAUGCUUGCAUUUACAGGUGGUCAAAUUCUCCUGGCCACACUGCCCGUUCAUCAAACAUACUGGGCCCAAGCAUUUGUCAUUUCUAUUCUCACCCCAUGGGGCAUGGACAUGUCAUUUCCGUCUGGGACUGUAAUCCUCAGCAACAGUAUGCCACGGGAACAUCAAGGACUUGCCGCCUCGCUUGUCAAUACCAUUGUGAACUAUUCUAUCUCGAUCGGCCUUGGUCUUGCUGGAACCGUCGAAAGCCAAGUUAAUCGCGGCGGCACAGAUAUAUUCAGAGGUUAUCGGGGUGCAAGCUACAUGGGUAUUGGUCUUGCUGGUCUUGGAGUUGGCGUUGCGACCAUGUUCGUCAUUCGAAGCCUAACUAAGCGCGACAAGAAGAUUCCCUCGGAAACCACGGUGGAGAAUUAUAAUGUGGAAGAUGGUUCAUAA